GAUUUUCACAUACCGUAUAAUACUGCAGUAUUCGAGUCACGUCACGGGGUCAAGGAGUUUUUUCACUUAUGUCAAAAAUGAGACACGAUUUAUUGACAAUAUGUCAAAUCGCAUUUUAUCUGUUUUUUUCAUUAAGUUCUUUCACAAAAUACUGUCUCAGCCCUUAACCAUUAUAUUGAUUGUAUCUAAACGUACACUAAUUACAAGGAAUAUUUAUAAACUAAGUAAAUAUGUCCGCCAACUCGACCGAUUCGAUUACCGGCCAAGCCUAUUCAGAGCGAACACUCGCGAUAAUAAAGCCUGAAGCUCAUGAAAAUGCUGAAGAUAUUGAGGGACAUAUACGUAGUAAUGGGUUUAUGAUUCUAGCGAGGCGAGAAGUUCGCCUUACACCAGAACAUGCUGCGGAACUAUACAAAGGUCACUACGGAAGACAUCACUUUCCACAUCUGGUGGCUCAUAUGUCAAGUGGGCCUGUAAUAGCAUUAGUACUCGCAGCUAGGAACUGCAUUAAUAGAUGGAAGACCCUUAUGGGACCAGCUAGAGUCGUGGAAGCUCAAGCUUAUUGGCCAGACAGCCUUCGAGCCUGCUACGGGCGUCGCACUAAAUACGGCGACUAUUUUAAUGGGCUCCACGGCAGCGCAAACCUGGCUGAAGCUAUCAGAGAAAUUCAUUUCUUUUUUCCUGCGAUGAUUAUUGGGCCCAUACUUCGUGCAAACCAGGUUAACGAUUAUAUACAAAAGUAUAUCACGCCGACAUUACUUCCUGCUCUAACUGCAUUGGCACAAGAACGACCCGCUGAACCAAUAUUAUGGCUCGCUGAUCACUUACAUAGACACAACCCUAACGAGCCAGAGUUAGCGCCGCAAGCGAGGGAAAUGCGAGAAGACGUGCGCUGUAAAACGCCGGUGCCCUCCGAGGAAUCUGACAAAUGACGUUCUUACUUAUCUAACAGACUAUUAUUUUAUUUCCACACACACAGGCACACUUAUAUGUUGAAACUUUAUAAACUCUUUUUCUGUUACUUACGACGAUAACGUUUCUCCAUAGAUAGUCAUUUAUAGUAAUAAUGACAUUGAUGAAAUACAUAAUUUAUUUUAAGAUAUUUUUAAAUUUAAAUAAUAUAUCUGACACAAAAAAUGAUUACUC